AUGAAGCCGUCGGCUGCGGCUCGACUUGCGACAGCGAACGAAAUACUCCGCCAUAGAAACCAAACAGUCUGGAACAACGUCCUACGCCCGCAUCGGGAACGCCGCAUCGGCUUGUUUGAUAUUGCCCUAGAGCAGGCAGUGUCUAUUGAGCCGUACCUGGAGCAAAAACAACAGCAGUCAGCAAGACGCCUAACACUACCCUGCAUGCCAGCCGAAAAAGACUGCGAUGCAGAUAUGGGCACUGCUCAGAUGGCCGCAAUGGAAAAAACCGACCCAGUCAAUGCAUUGACCUGGCAAGUGGAAAGCCCGGCUGACAUGUCCAACAUGGCAGUGCGCUGCCGACGGUCCAGUACAUGGACAAGAAUGCUACAGUGCGACUGCACAAACAGUGCGAUACUAGCAGCUCUACACCUGAAUGCAGAGCGGAAUGGUCUGCAGGCUGAAACGAGUGCGCAGCCAGCGAGAUGCGAUGUGAAUCCGCGGCUAGAUGCCUGGGAACAGCGAUUUGAGGUCAUUGGACCUUGCCACGAAGCGCGGGGCCCGCGCGAACAGGAUAUCUUUGCAUUCCACGUCUCGCCACUGGAAGACCGACAUGCUGUCCGCGCCUUUACACAACAAGCCAGUCCAAAUGGUUCAAGCGAAUGUGAUUCGCCCGCUUCUGACACGACCCUGUUCGACGAGAUGGAUGUACGGCCUACCAGCCAAUCAAAGGAUGCAGAAUUCACGCAGCACUGCAUGACUAAGAAUGGUACAUUACGAAACUAUUCUCCAUGUACAAGCCUCCAUCGAGUCCAGGAGCAAGCGACGCCGCCGCCUGCUGAGAGACUAGGUGCGCGGCACCGGCGUCACGUAUCCCUGGGUUCGGCCUUUGACACGGUCCGCACACCAUCAACCCCACUCCAAGCAGCUAGAGGAAGGGAGAAGAACAACCUGCUCUUCCGCACAGCAAGCCUUUCCCGAUCCCCACCGAGGAGCAAUCAUGGCCGUAAAUUAUCGUUGAACGUGCCUGUAAACGCGCAGACAUUCUUGCCUAAAGGGCUUUGCCGACCCAACCCAAUCGAUAUCAAAGACCGGACAGAGCCAUCGUGUCAGCGGGAUACUACUCGGCACAAUUUCACGCUGGAUGCUUUGACACCCGAGGAACGGGAUCUGGAGUACAAACAUCGCCAUACUUUUAUUGGAACCGGCUCACUGGAUGAGUUUCUUGAGCUUCUGGACAUCUCUCCGACAUAUUGCGUGACGCGGAAUGCGGUUGUAGGGGCCUUUUUGCGGUUAUCGUCGACAGAACAGCUGCGUGCUCGACAAUGCUCGACCAGGUCAGAGGGGUGGAAUCUCGUAUCACGGACCACGCUAGAUUGUACGGAUGCCGCUAGCGUCGAUUACAUGUUACAGUCGCGGGUUAAGCUAGGCUCGAUCACGCUACGGCAGUUCCUAGACAUGAUCCCCUUUGAUCACCACAACGAAGUGGCGGCAAUGAGGGUGGUCGAGGCGUUUUCCGCUGCAAGUCAUAUAGACGCCAAGGCGGAGCAGGGCGUGGAAAACAAGGCCAGGGUGUUUAGAAGCUGGAUUGUGUCGCGUAAGGUGGAGGCGGGCUGCUGCUGA